AUGCCUCCUCGUCGUGAGCUCCCAGGAUUCUACUUCGACGAAACCAAAAACCGAUAUUUCCCACUCUCUUCAAAGCCCAAAGCAGCGCCGGCAUCCCUAGCCCCAGCCCUAACCAAUAACGCAGCCAAACGCAGACGCCUUGACUCUGACUCCGAGCCUGACCAGACUCAAUCAUCAUCGAAUUCGGAGGAGUCACGCAGAGGCUGCUUUAUAGAGGACGGCCAUACAAUCGCAUACAAAGGUCACGUCCACAGUUUCGCAGGAGACAGCCGCGGAUGGCUGCACUCGUUCAACACCCCUUCCUCUUCUUAUCAUUCGAUCCCGCCAUCGCAUAAAUCGUCGAUGUGGAGCCCCGAAUUCAAUCUGGGGUCCAAGAUAUCGUCCAUAAGCGCUUCGGGAUCGUUAUGCGUAGCCACAUCAUUCGGCCCAGCAUCAAAAGUCCUCCUGAACGACUUCACGACCAACCGUGUCGUCGUGAUGACACCAGACCACACUUCCGUACAUGACGUCUGGACGAGUCAUCUCCGAGGUCGAACGCUCGCUCUAGGCAUGCGCCGUCGUGCAAUCCUCGUCCCCGAUAUCGUCAAUCGGCCCAUAUUCUGUGAGCUGGAUACGAAGAGCGAUGUGAUGAGCGUGCACCAGGAGGAGAAUCUAGUCUACACCGGCGCCCGCAACGGCUCGAUCAGACGAUUCGACACCCGCCAGCCGUCGUUCGAGAGCGAAGUGAUGCUCGAGAACCGGUUCAUGCAUAUGAAGACGACGCAGCGGCCGGCGAAUUCGAUCGUCUAUAUGAGUGUGGUGAAUGAGUGGCAGUUGCUCGUUAGCGCUAUUGAUGGGACUAUCGAGCUGCAUGAUCUCCGGUUCGCGACGGGCUCGAACCCAAAUAUGUCCCUCGAGGGAAACGUCAAUUCUUACAAGCACGACCUCCCACACGCAAUCACACCGUCACAAGACUACCUCUUCGCCGCAGGCCUCGAUAACCGUAUCCGAGGCUGGUCACUCCACACCGGAGAGGCUCUCAUCCCACCUCUAUUUCUACCUCCUGCACCAUCAUCACCAUCAUCUCCGCCUCUCACUUCCGGCCCAAAUAACUCGGUCCUUCGAUCCUCGUUUUUCUCGUACCACAACGAACUCGACGAUGACGACGAAUCCAAUCCAAAUCCACUCAACCCAUUCAACACCCGCUUCGACGAACCACUGACUGCGCUACAGGCGCUCUCUCUACCCAGUCCAGUUCCGAGGUCAUACCAAGAUCCAUACCCAGACCCAGGCCAAGCCGACGAUCGCGAGGGCGAGGAAAACAGCAAAGCUCACUAUCCAGGUGAUAUCUACCUCCAAGCAACCUCGGGAAACACGGUCUAUUCGUUCGGGUUGGGACAGAGGGCUUUGUCGAGAGUAGAGAGGACUUCGAUGUACGGGUAA